AAACUGACUCAACGUUUCGAAACCCAGCCUUGGCUAUACUGUUUCCGGGUUUCGUUUCACUUUAUUAAAAAUGUUUUCUCGUUUUACGGAUUUUAAUAAGAAACACAACACAACUAUAACGGACGUUGAUAAGAGGAAGUUUACCGAAGUAUUUGAACAAUGUGAUGAAGAUAAAAAUGGUUACUUGAAUAGAGAAGACUUGAAAGUUGCAGUAGUCAUGCUGUUUGGCUAUAAACCUUCCAAGGCUGAGACUAAUGCAAUGAUGGCAUCAAGCAUACAAGCAGGCUUGCCAGGUUUACCAUUGGAACGUUUUUUAAACCUAAUGACCUCAAAGUUAAUUGCACAAGAUGAAUAUGAAAAGACAAGACAAGUCUUCACAGCAUUUGAUGUUUCCUGCCGGGGUUUUCUAACACUUGAGGACUUUAAAAGAGCCUUUGCUUGUGUUGCAUCUCAUUUACCAGGACAAACAGUACAAGAAACUUUCAGGGAGGUUGACCGGGAUUCUGAUGGCCAUGUGAGCUUCAAGGAUUUUGAAUUCAUCUUACGCUACGGAGAAGACCAAUAGUGCUGCUGGCCGAGUUUUGUACAUUAAACCAUUCUCAUAAA